AUGAGCACCUCCUCUCUUGCGACAAAGCAGCAGUCGCUGAAAUUCUUCGAGAAGACCAAGUCUAAGCCUGCCAACAAGAUCUGUUUCGACUGCGGUCAAAAGAACCCUACAUGGACAUCGGUCCCCUUUGGCAUCUACCUCUGCCUUGACUGCUCCUCCAACCACCGAAACCUUGGUGUGCACAUCUCGUUCGUGCGAUCGACAAACCUCGACCAGUGGCAAUGGGAUCAGCUACGAGUGAUGAAGGUUGGUGGUAAUGAGUCUGCCACCAAGUUCUUCCAGCAAAACGGCGGUACUGCCGCGCUCAACAGCAAGGACCCCAAGACAAAGUACCAAUCCAACGCUGCCACAAAGUAUAAAGAUGAACUCAAGCGUCGCGCUGCACGAGAUGCCCAAGAUUACCCUGGCGAGGUUGUGAUUACCGACGGUGCUGACGACGCCUCUGCUACCCCUGCUGGCGAGCCCGACGACGACUUCUUCUCUUCCUGGGACAAGCCUGCUAUCAAGAGGCCUACACCUCCCGUUUCUCGCACUGGAACUCCUCCUGUUGUCGGCCGCACGCCCUCUCCCUUCUUGAACUCGGGUAACGGCAAGGACAUCGCUCGCACAGCGUCACCCCUUUCACGAAGCUCUACUGGCGAGAACAAGCCUGCCACAAGCCGAAUUACUUCAUCCGCCAACCUACGCAAGUCGACCACUUCCACCGGCCCCCGCAAGGCCAAUGUCCUCGGUGCCAAGAAAACCACCAAGCUGGGCGCGAAGAAGGUCACCAGCGAUGUGAUUGACUUUGACGAGGCGGAAAGGAAGGCAAAGGAGGAGGCUGACCGAAUUGCCAAGCUUGGCUACGACCCCGAUGCCGAGGAGGAUCCCGCGACCAAGAACGCUUCUGGCUCAGCUGCCUCCAUUAUCUCUCCUACCCCCGUGAGCCCCAGCCGUGGUAACUCCUCGUCGCAUACGCGCCAGAAGUCAGAUGCCGAAGUUGAACGAUUGGGUAUGGGUAUGGGCCGACUGGGUUUCGGACAGAUUGGUGGCCCCAAGGCUGCUGCCGCUGCCGCACCCAAGAGAAACGCCGGAGGCUUUGGCUCCGUUGGACCUGUCAGAGCUGCUGAUGUUGACGAUUCUGAGCGAUAUGCCCGUAACAAGUUUGGCAUGCAGAAGGGUAUCUCAUCCGACGAGUUUUUCGGCAAGGGCGCUUUCGACCCCAACUCUCAGGCCGAGGCCAAGACCCGACUCCAAGGUUUCGAGGGCGCCAGCGCCAUCUCUUCAAACGCCUACUUCGGACGACCAGAGGACGAGCCCGAGGAGGAUUACGGCGACCUUGAGUCAGCUGCUAAGGACUUCGUGCGCAAGUUUGGCAUCACAGCUGGCGACGAUCUUGAGAACCUGACGCAAAUGGCUGGUGAGGUGUCUGGCCGACUCCAGGGAGCUAUCCGAUCAUACCUUGGAAACUGA